AGUGCUCAAAAGCAGCUCCUGAUAGCAAAAGCUCUGGUCUGUGUGAACUGCUGACUCUAAUCACUUCAAGGCAGAGAAUAAGAAAAUGCUGUGCUUGUUAGAACCCCCUGGUUAAACUUCAGCUCCGUCUGCAGGGAAGUGUUUGUUUCCUUCCAUCUGCUGCUUUCGCUGGGAAGGAAAAUCAGCUUGUUCAGACACCAGGAAGUUCUUCAACAUUUCAACAGCGAGCUGAGAAUGCAGAAACAGCAACAUGCAUAAAUAAUCAUACCUAAAAAUAUCCCGCGUUCCAGUCACACGUAGAACCCAGCCCUGGAGCCGUUUCCUCAGCAUCAGCAGGCUGCCUGAAGCACGCAGAUCCAUGGGACGUGGGCAGGACGGGGCAGCUGUGGCAGCAGAUGCACGUGCCUGCCUCUCUCACUGUUGCAGUUUUUUCCUCCCAUCAAAACAUGGGUUUUUUUGUUUGGCUGGUUGGUAUUUUUUUACUGGGAGCUGCUGACUGACUCUGAUGUCUUUGAGCACUGCUCCUGCCAAAGCUGCUUGCGCAGGAGGUCAAAGCAAGAGUGAAGACUGUUUGCAAUGCUGAGAGACGCACUGAAUUUCAGCCAAACACCUUUGCAAAGUUCAGCGCUGGCCCCGGGGCUCUGUUAGCAGCAUGGUAUGAUGCAGCUUCAUCCAGCUCCGACCUGUGCUGCUGAAACCAGCUGGGCUGUAGUUGCUGCCAGUAUCCAUGGGGCCGAUGGGUGCAUCACACUGACCAGUGGGAACGGCAGGAAAGCUCUCACCCAGGGCCAUGGGGUGGGCAACAGCUUGUAGAAAAGCCUCGUCUGUUCUGUGUGACUCUCAGCUCUCUCCCCAGCACUGCAGCCACGGAAAUACUUCUGUGCUCGCUGGAUAACUGCUGCUGAUGGAAACACACCGCACUUUCCAUUUUUUUUUAGUCUCUGUGGCCUAAAUCUCUUCCUGAGUUCAACCACAACCAUCUGUGGCCCAUCACAGCUGUCACUCUCCAGCCAAGAGCAAACCAAGCCAGCAGCUCUCAGCACUCAGAUGAGGCAGCAUCGGCAGCACUCAGCCUUACCGGGUCAUUUCCAUUAUUAAAAUAAGCAGGAGCAGUGUGGGAUGGGUGCUAGAAAGCAGUUUGUAUUUUACUCUUUCUUUCUAAUGAAAGCAGAAAGCCGUCUGACUUUGAAAGAAGAGCUUUUGCAUCUCAACAACAAACCUCAUGCCUCUGAGCAAGGCUGCAAGGAGAGGUCGGGCACCGUCCUGUCACAGCGUGAAGAGAGCUGGAGCGACCUCUCACAGCCCGGACGCCUCGUCACCGGGCGCGUUUCACUGCUCCUGUCAGCGCUGGUUCUACAGUCCCCACGGCAGCGCUCUCCGAAUAAACUGCGAACCGGGCUCUGCCAUCACGGCCGCCACCGCCGGCCCGGAGCCGCCUGACAGAACGCACAGCGCCCCUCGCACCGCCAACAACAGCGGCUCCAACCCGUGCGCACGCCGGACGGCCCGCAGCGCGCCGCCAGCCGGGCUUCACCGCCCACGGCGGGGCGGGGCGAGCGGCGCUAAAAUGGCGGCGUAGGCGCGGCGCUCCGCCCGUCCCGCCAUGAAGCUGAUCAUCCAGGAGACGUACGAGCAGGCGAGCGAAUGGGCCGCCAAGUACAUCCGCAACCGCAUCGUCCACUUCGCGCCCGGCCCCGGCCGCUUCUUCACGUUGGGGCUGCCCACAGGCAGCACGCCGCUGGGCUGCUACAGAAAGCUGGUGGAGUACUACAAAAACGGGGACCUGUCCUUCAAGUACGUGAAAACCUUCAACAUGGACGAGUACGUAGGUCUCCCGAGGGACCAUCCGGAAAGUUACCACUCCUUCAUGUGGAAUAACUUCUUCAAGCAUGUUGAUAUCUCGGCAGAAAACGUUCACAUUUUGGAUGGAAAUGCAGCUGAUCUGCAGGCAGAGUGUGAUGCGUUUGAGGAUAAAAUCAAAGCAGCUGGAGGAAUUGAACUCUUUGUUGGAGGUAUUGGCCCUGAUGGUCACAUCGCUUUCAAUGAGCCUGGAUCAAGUUUGGUGUCUAGGACGCGAGUGAAGACCUUGGCUAUGGACACUAUACUGGCUAAUGCCAGAUUUUUUGAUGGUGACCUCUCCAAAGUCCCCACGAUGGCUUUGACAGUUGGAGUAGGCACUGUGAUGGAUGCCAGAGAGGUGAUGAUUCUCAUCACAGGAGCCCACAAAGCCUUUGCUUUGUACAAAGCUAUCGAGGAAGGUGUCAACCAUAUGUGGACAGUAUCUGCCUUCCAGCAGCACCCCCAGACCGUGUUUGUGUGCGAUGAGGAUGCUACACUGGAACUGAAAGUUAAGACAGUGAAGUACUUUAAAGGUUUAAUGCUGGUUCAUAACAAGCUCGUGGAACCCUUAUACAGCAUGAAGGAGACAGAAGCAGAAAGAAGCCAUUCUAAGAAGCCUUACAGUGAUUAAUCUCUCACUGCCUAGAGUAAUGCUGAGCCAUCUUUUUAUGUUGAAAACCAGCAGCAAAGAAAGGGAAUUGCUGCAGAAAUUCUUCUUGUCUUUGUUCUUCAAUUAGCAAAUACCUGCUUUAACCAAAUGAGGAUGUGAUCCACUGUGCUGUGUUCCACAAAUCUCCACCAACGUAUUCUCUGAAGAUAAAACCAGUAGAGAAUUAGUUGUUUAAGCAAAGAAGCAAUUAUAAUUGUUUGGACUGAAGGCACCAAAACAAAUGUGAAAGCACAAUGGGUGAUAACUUUGGAAUGUAUUCUUUGCAAUUCUGUCAAACACAUUUGUGUAUCACUGCCCCUCUAGAAAAUACUCCUAAGUUAGACUCGUGUAAAGUGGGAAUGGUUCUUGUUCAGCCCAGAGAAGGGAAAGUAUCAGCACAGCUUAACAGUAGCCUGCUUCAUAGCUAUGAGUAAGCCAUCUAGAAAUAGAAACAGAGUGCUCCACUGCAGUGCACAGAAGGAGAGGUAAGGGACAGUGGGGCAUGAACUGAAAUGACAUUCACAUUGGAUGUAAUGAAAACGUUCCCUGUGAGGACAGUCCAGGCGGAGCAGACAGUUACACAGAGCUGUGCAGUCUCUAUCUGAUAGAAGUUUUCAGGACCAAACUGCCCUGGCAGAACCCAGCAUGGAGCCAGAUGUAAGAAGAUGCCAGCAAAAGGGAUGCCUUGAGCAGCAGUUCUCAGUGCAGAGCCAUUAAUGCAGGUGAAUGGUUGGCUUAUGAAUCUGUGACUUUCUUCAUUGCCACAGUUCUAAAAGAGGCCUUAUAUGUUCAGUUACGAGGUAUAACUUUAUAUGCACUGGUGCUUUAUGAUCUACAGCAGGGUACAUUUCUUCACAUCAAACAUAAAUUACUUCUGUUUGUGCUCCUCAAUGCUCUGUCACUUGUGUUGGGGCAGAGCUUGAAGCAGCAAGUUCUCUGUCUCCAUUUCAUGUGCUUCCAGGAAAUGUCAGAUAAUCCUCAAAGGAAACAUUCUGUUCCCUGAGCUCAGUGUGUGCUUAGUUACAAAGCACACCCCACAGAGGUGGGCAAGAGCCUGAACAGGCAAAAGCCCACUUGGUCCUUCUGGGCUAAGAUCAAAACAAGAUCAAUGCAAGCCAAACUGGGAAGUAUGUGUUGUCUUUGUCCAAGAACUUCGUGAGCUGUUAAUCUAUAACUUUCUACAGUAAAAAUGUUAUUUUUCUCUA